CGCGGCGCGGCGCAACCUCUCACCCCGAUAUUGCAAGUCGGGAAGGGUUGAGUUUGUACCGCAACCACCCGUAUCGCCUCUCCUCUGUUGUUUGAGACAGAGUAGAGACCAGAAGCGACCAUACUCAGUCUUGGACGCUUGGUACGCCAACUGGCCAUAGCAAGUGACAUCACGUUCAGUUGUUCUAAGGGGAGAAACUAAAGAAGAACGGAGAGAGAGAGAAAAAUAAACGGCCACUGCAGCACCACCACCACCACCUCCUCUCUUUCUCUCUCUCUCUUUCAGCAGAGGACACUGGCAGCAGUUCUAUUGAAACAAUGGCAGAUUCAACUCAGUCGUCUGUGAUCUCUUCUUCGCAUGGACUUCCUGAUGCCUCCAUCGGGCAGGGCUUGCCGUCUGCGGAAAAAGACGCCAAAUUGUCUUUGGACUUCUCAUACCUGGAUGACUUGUUGAGCCCAGAAGAUCCCUUUCUUUCUUCUACUUCGCCUGUAUCUCUCAUUCAAUCUUCUCAAGAGGGAAUGAAGGAGUUCAUGUCCAAUAAGCUGAAUCCCUCUGAAAGUGUUGCUCCUUCCCUCAAGUUUCCUUCUGAGCCAGACUCUUUAAUACCAGUAUCCUUUGAUGGCCAGGUAUUGUCUGAGAAUGAUGGAAUAACACAGCUUUCUGACCCAGAAAAAGAUGCAAGAAAAGUGGAGGGGAUCAGAGGGGUCAGUACAGAUUCUGGAAUAGAAGCAGUUUCUUGUGAGUCUUCUGAACCGGUCACUCCUGUAUCUGGCACAGGGUCAGCAACUCAAUCACUCAGCCCAAUAAGUCAAAGCAUGUCAAUGGAUACAACAGCAGGAAAACCCACUGAUUCAUUGCAGGAAAUCAGAAGCCAGUUUUCACUAAAGCACAAUCAAGUAUCUGAUAAGUUUCCACCAGAGAGUCUGGGUGAAACACAAACCUGGAGUGACAGCAAUUUCCUGCAGUUUAAAGAGCAGCAUUAUGAAACAACCCCUCCCCAGGAAAAAAAUAUAUCCAUUCCUUUCAUAAGUCAAAGUGGGCACUUUUCUCCAGAGCAAGAUUCUCCAGAAUCUCCUUUUGAGGUUCUUGCAGAUACUCAUAAAACCGGUGACUUUGGUAAAGAGUUUCAAGAAAACAUACCAUCGGAAAGGGUGCCGAAAGAAUUGGAUGAGAUGACCAUCAGUCAAACCAAAGAUCAGAGACCGAGUUCAUGGAUAGAUGAGCAUGAUACUGAAAUGACAGGAAAACUGGAAUCCUCUUCAAACACUUCAGGAACAUUAAAAUCAAAUGACACUUGUAAAUUAUUUGAGGCAAAAUUAGAUGAGGAAUUGGAAACUUUUGCAAACCGUAUCACAGACAAUUUUGAAUCCAGCUGUCCAGAACUAGUAGAUGUGUUACAGAUACAACAGUGUAGUCCAGUAUCAGUGGGUGUUGGUCAUGUUAAGUCUAUGACUGUUGAAGCUGAAGAGUGCAAAGGAGCAGGGAAAACUGAACUGCAGAAAGCAUCCUGUAUUGAUGAUCUCGGUUUCAUGCCCACUGCAUACAUUUUAGAAAAGCCAGAUAAAAGUGAAGAAAUUCAAGCACACUCUGAACAGUUUUCAGCAGAAUAUGAAAAUGUUCAUAUGGAAGAAAUUGUCUCUUUUUCUCCUCCUCCAAAUUAUACUAGUUUUGGGUUUGAGUCCGACUAUACGACAAAAGGUAAACUACAUGAAAAUGUAGAAGGGUCUUGUCACAUCUGGCCUACGGACCCAGAACCUCCAGAGAAUCUGGAUGCUGACAGCUCUGGGGAGUCGGAUGAUACUGUUAUUGAGGACAUUUCAUCAGUUGCAGGACGCAGCACAGCUUUAGAUCCAUCAAUUUCUAAAAAAGAGAAGGCUGAUGAACAUAUGCAUAUUAAAGUGGAUAAGCUCAUGCUGGUCCCAAUAAUUAAUGUUAUUGAAACUGAGGAACAAAUAGUGAGUGAGGAGGAGGAAGAGGUAGAUGCAGAGGACAACACAAGUGAUUUUCAAGCAGAGAAAGAAUAUGGAGAGAGAUCCUCAAAGAGCACAGAAAUUUCUUCUAAAGAAACUGAAGAUCUAAAAUAUGGAAUUACAUCUGUACCAUUAAAUUCAAUAGAGGAAAUUCCAGUUUUUGAAGCUAAACUUCCUGAGGCUGAUUUAGGUGCAGCAGAAUCCAGCUCGGCUAUAGGCAAGAACAAAAGCCAAGAUCAGUCAUCACGGCAAGAUGCCCAGUUAGAACAAAUGCAAAAUACUACUUUAGACCUAAUGGACAAAUUUGUUCUAGAGAAAUAUGUAAAUAUUGGGGAAGUGAUUGGUGAUAAUGAAUUGAGUAAGCCCUCCACAGCACAGGUGAUGGAUUUUGUGAAGGAUCUGCACCCAGAUGACCAGCAGAAUGUUCCCUUUCAUCAGCCGCUUGAUGUGUCCUGUCAUGCAAAAGCAGAUGACUUGGUGUGUGAAAUGGGGACUGCAAAAUUAGUUUCCAGUGUUGUCUCCUCUGGAAUAACUGAGGUUCUUGCAUCUGACCUUCAUUUCAAGGAAACAUCAGUGCUUACAGCCAUGAGUUCUGAAGCUUUUAGAGAAAAGAUGGGUUCUCGGUUAGAUGAACAAAGUAAAGUAGCAAUGAAUGUGGUCAAGGAUGAGCUGUCUGCUACAGAAAGCUCACCUGAAACUGCAAGUGACCCAGAAAGCAUUGAGCCUGAGUGCUCAGUCUCAGCUGCAACUGACAGUUUUGUGGAGUUCAUGAGAGAAUGUCUCAAGUCAAGGCAGGAUGUGGCACCCGAGGACUUAAACCAGGAUUUUAAUAUAAAGAGUAAACAAAAGGUUGAUUUGAUUCCUGUUGAAUCAAAAGCUCCCAAGGCUGCACCAACCUUAGUAUUAGAUUUUGAGCAAGAGCAGCUGACCAUCAAGGCAUUAAAGGAAUUGGGAGAGAGCUUAGAAGAUGAGGUGGAGGAAGAAGAUAAAUUACCUGCAAAAGAUCUGUCAGGUAUUCAAGACAAAAAAUCCUACAUUUGCUUAACAGAGGGUAGCCACUUAUCCAGAGUUUGUACAGGUCCACAACCCACCUCUCGGCUCUCCACCUUUCAAGAGGCACCAGAUUCUCAUUCAUCAGGAGAGGCAUCAGCACACAAAGAGGUAGAAAAAGAAAACUCUUCUAAUGCUGAACACCAGAAGCUAACUGGUCAUGCACUUACAGCUUUACUAACCCCAUUGCCAGUGCGAGAUCUCAUCUACUGGCGUGACCUGAAGAAAUCUGGAACAGUAUUUGCAGUGUCCCUCUUGCUCCUCCUUUCCCUAGCAGCUUUCAGCAUUGUGAGUGUGGUCUCCUAUCUUCUGCUUGCUCUCCUGUCUGUCACCAUCACCUUCAGAGUCUACAAGUCUGUGGUGCAAGCUGUGCAGAAGUCUGAUGAAGGACACCCAUUUAAAGCCUACAUGGAAAAGAAUGUGACACUGUCUCAAGAGAGUUUUCGCCGGCAUGUGGACACAGCUCUUUCUCAUUUCAAUUGUAUUCUUAAGCAACUGAUGCGCCUCUUCCUUGUUGAAGACCUCGUGGACUCCCUCAAGCUUGCUGUUGUGAUGUGGCUUCUUACUUACGUUGGUGCAAUCUUCAAUGGCAUUACACUGCUAAUUAUUGCUGACAUUUUAAUAUUCAGUGUUCCUGUCUUUUAUGAAAAGUAUAAGGCUCAAAUAGACCACUAUGUUGGGAUGGUUCGUGAGCACAUUAAAUGUGCUGUUUCAAAGGUCCAGGCGAAGGUUCCAGGUGUGGCCAAACGUAAAGCUGAAUAAAAAAUGUCAUCACAACCCCAACCCUACACUCGUUGUACUGCACUGAGUCAGCUAGUAAAGCUAUUAAAUAAUUAAUGUAACAGUAAAACUACACUUGCAAAGGAAUGUGCUCACCUCAGCUUGAGCCAGCAUCCAUGUGUCUUUGCAAAAGUUGUAAUGUGAAAAACAUUCUAGAAGAAGAGAGAGAAAAAUAAGUUCAGUGGCUUUUUUUAUAUUUAUUUUUGCUUGUUUUUGUCUGAACUUUGCUAAAUGUGACUAUAGGGUUCUUCAAGCCACUGUUUAAAUGACGUGUAAAACACAGAAGCAGAAGUUAUUUGAAGAGACAUAAAAACCUACCCCCACAAGUAUGGAAGUGUGCCACGCGAGAUGGUGCGAUUGCAUUUCAUUGCCAGUUACAGUUGUUAUUUGAUAAGUGCUUACUUCAGAAAUCCUGUUUAGGAACACUUAAUGGUCAUGAUUAGACUCUACAUUUUUUUUUUUUUAAACUUGAAAUGAAAAAGUUUAGGACCUCUUGCAUGCACUAAUUUAUACAAUGGGUAACAUUUAACUUUUCAUAUUAAAUGCCAAGUGCUUUUGGAUGUCAGUUUUAUCUUUUUUUUUUCUUUUUUUCUUUUUAACAAGAUUUAUUUUCAUCACUUUCUAAACCCUCUAGUUCACAAUUCUUCAUAUUGUCAAUUUUUUACACUGAAAUUUUUUUGGGGGUGGUGGAAAAUAGUAGUGCUAAUUAGCAGCACAAAGGUUUCAGAAGUGCUUUGUUAAUUAAAAUUGAUCUUUGAAAAGUUUAAACGUGGGUGCCACAGUUCUGUGAUGUGUGUUGUGAAAUCCAUAUAUAGGAGAAAUACCUUGACUUUUCCUCCUCAAUUUAAUUACAUUUACUAACCGAAUGUAGCUGGGAGAGUAUAUAUGCAGAUGCUAGGUGUUGUUUAAAUGUCUUGGAUGAAGGUACUGGUAAAGUUUAGACUGUUGUUUCAGUCUGAACCCAGGCACAGGAAUACUUAACAUACAUAGAGCUUCAUAAAGUGCAUGCAAGUUUGCCUGUUUUUAAGUGGAACUGUCCACCACCACUUAUUUGAAGGAUCAACAUCUAGAAAAUACUUAACCCACAUAUUAUGGUUGCCAACCCUUAACACUUUACCAGUUGUCAUGGCCUGGCUCCCUUUCUACUUCCAUUUAUCUCAUGUUAAACAAUCUGCAGACGAGUUGCUUUUGCUAAAGUGAACUCUGGUAUCAUGACCAUGCCAUUAGCACAGUAAACUCUUGCACCUAUGAAAUAUUCCAGAUCAUCAUAUCCUCCUCCUUCAGCUGUCCGCUCCUUUCACUAUUGUUUUAACUGAUCCAGUAUAGGGGUGCAAAGUAAAUUUUUAAGGAAGGCUUUAGUACACUGUUCAAAUUCUAGAGAGCUGAAGAAAAGUCUGAAGUAGUUUGUUUUAUGAAGGAGACCAGAAGCUCUACCCUGCUGUUUGUUGUGGAAGAAAGCAAGAGAAGAUUUUUGAGUAAGAAAAUCAAUAAAAAAAAGGGCACAAUUGUUAGAUCUCAGGCCUGCUUGCCAUUUUUUUCUUAUUUUUAACACUUGUUUGCCUAUUUUGAGCACAUCUGAGGUUGUCCCAGAUUGAGGGAUAUCGGAUAUGUUAAGACAUAAAAUUCUUGCGGUUUUAUUGGUUUACAGAAGCUAACCUGAUACAAAUUAUUACAGAAAUUUAAACUAAACAAAUAUCCAGGUGGAUUGUCACAGUCAGUUUUUUUUUUUUUUUUCAACAUUAGUUGAAUUAAUUCAUUUGUGUCCUUAAAAUUGACAAAAUUGGUGAAGUCUUUAUAUUCAUUAUGUACAACAUUCAAUGUGUGUAAUAUAGAACACUUCUUGGGGCCUGAAAUUUUGAGGUUCAUCACUGCAGAACACAGUGUUUUUAUUUUUUUAUGUGCUUCUUUUCAAGAAAAUCAAGAAAAAUAGACGAACCUUUCCAUCUGUUAUACACCAUAAUAUUUAUAUCGGCCAACAGACUUCAUUCAUUUUAGUACUAUUUAGAAUUGAGGAGCUCAUGAAUUUCUCUCUUUGCUUUAGUAAAUGCUGCAGCUCCUGUAAAGUAUUUUGAAAGUUUUGCCUUAAAAUUAACAGAGUAAACGAAAUGCCGUCUACCCUAUUUGAUAGACCUUUUUGUCUACCACACUGUACUUUAUUAGCAAGCACCCAUUCCUCUAGUUCAAUUAUUUUGUUUUAAUAUAUGUAGGUUUGGACUUUUUUUUUUUUUUCUUUCAAAAACAAGUAUUACCAGACUUAAUUUACUGAUUUGUAGAAUGUAUGUAAUGUAAUUCCUAACUUUUAGGUUAAAGGCAUGACUGAAUGGUGCAUAAUACCCCUCAGAUCUUUAUCCAGAGUUAUAUUUAAACAAUUUAAGAUAAAUUAAAAUGUAAAAGUGAAUGAAACAUGUUUUAAGGAAACAAGGUAGAGCCAAGUUAAAAAAAGAUAAUACACAUUUUGCCCAAAAAUGUACCUCCCAAUGAUAUGCUUGUCUUUCAUUUAGAUAAUUGGUAGAUUUCCAUAAUUGAAUGCAGGACCUGCUUACUCUAAUUCAUAUUUAUUGAAGAUCGUUAAAUAUAAAAUUUUAACUUCUUAAUAUGUUUUGGCUUGUAUUCAGUAUUAAAUUUAACUGAAUGAGACUGCCACUAUUACAUUGGGCCCCAUAUAGUUGGACAUUACUCAUUAUUUUAAGCAAGUGUGCAGAAAAUGUUUGCAGUGUAAGAAAAGUUACAUGUGUAAAAGAAGUGUCAUUGGUGUACCAUUAUGACGCUUAAGAAACUGGAAUACUGGGCAAUGAUAUUUACUCUUGCCCACAGUUUCUGAAUAAAUAUCAUCUUUAUCUUAAAUAUUAGUUGUGUUUUAGGUAUUUCUAUUUUAAAUGGCUAAAUAUUGAAUCCAGCCAAUAACAUGCAAGAGAUUUCUAUUACUUGUGCAAUUUAUAGGGAUCAAAGUUGUUGACUUAUCCCUACAUUUUUUUUUUUUUUUUUGUAUUGAUUCCAUGCACUGAGAAUUAUUGACUUUUGCAAUUAAAAUGACAGAGGACACCUUUCAAGCCUGAACAUUCAGUAUAUAUGAAAAUACAGUCUUGAGUUUAGAGAAAGAGGGAGGGAGAUUGCAGGUUUACAUAAUCAGGAUUGGGAAUUUUUGUGUUUGAGGCAAUUUAAUGUAGGAAGAGUACAGAAACGACUUUCUCUUGUUUUACCAAUAUGGCUCAUGAUCUUGGGUGGAAUUUUUCAGUCUACAGCCAUGCAUUUCUUGUCCAUACUUACUGCUAAUUUUUGUUGAUAUUUUAGUGAAAGUGUGAAGAUAUAUGCAUUUGCCUCCCUUCCAUGAUAUUUGUUUUCUAAUUCUGAAGCAAGCAAAAUUGGUUUUGUUUAAUGUAGAAAUCAGUAUACUAAUGCUCUGUUUGUUAGGCGUAAAUAUAGUAAAUAUUCAGAAGAAUAGAAUGAAAAUGAGAUGAAGUCCUUGUUUCCUAUACCAGUGUCAAUGUGAUACUAAUAAACUGGUGGUAAGUAAA